CAGAUGGGCAACCUGACAUUCAGAUACAGCAUACUCUUAAUGGAGGGACUACAAGUUAAACAUCUGUCCAGUCAUCUAGCAUUCAUCAUUUUUUUGCUUGCUUACAUAUUUAUUAUAGUAUUUAACAUUGGGAUUUUGAUUCAGAUCUCAGUGGAAAAAAGAUUACAUCAGCCUAUGUACAUUCUUUUCUGCAAUUUGCCACUGAAUGAUUUAUUAGGCACAAUUGUUCUUUUGCCACGCUUGAUGAGUCAUAUUUUAACAGACCCCUCUGAGCGCUACAUCACAUAUGUAGAGUGUGCUAUGCAAGCUUUUUUUGGACAUGUAUAUGGAACUGCAUCCCACACUAUUCUAAUGAUCAUGGCCUUUGACAGAUAUGUGGCCAUUUGCAAUCCAUUGCGAUACCCAACUAUAAUGAGCAAUAAUAUGGUGGUUAAACUGUCGGCAGGAGCCUGGGGUGCUGCAGUAGUGCUGGUGGGAAUUCUGAUCGGCCUCAGUUUACGUCUGUCUCACUGCAGAUAUGUGAUUCAAAAUCUGUUUUGUGACAACGCUUCACUAUUUAAACUGUCCUGUGAAAAUACAGUGAUUAAUAAUGUAUAUGGGUUGACUUUUACUGUGGUUUUACUCACCUCCUCACUGGGGUGGGUGUUAUUGACAUAUCUCAGAAUAGCGAUGGUAUGCUUCAAAAGCAAAAACAAAGCAACCAACAGCAAAGCAAUAAAAACCUGCAGUACUCAUCUGACUGUUUAUAUAAUCAUGAUGGUUACUGGAUUCACCGCCAUUUUGCUUCAACGUUUCCCUGCAUACACUGAAAGUAAAAAUAUAUCUAGUAUAAUUCGCCAAGUUAUUCCACCAAGCUUGAAUCCUAUAAUAUAUGGUUUACAAGCCAAGGAAAUAAGACAGAGACUGUUUAAACUUAUUUACAAAAGUAAAGUUAACUCAGUGUGA